ACUCAUCAGGCUGAUGGGUAACUAGGGGGUUGGAGUGGAGCUGUCUGUCUGGACACAAAGCUGGUCGAGGGGCUUCCCUGCACUGUCCCUUGCCAGUGUCCCAUUCUUGCAUUCUCUAAGAGAGCUACAGGGAAGGGUGGGUUGUUGUGGUGUUCAGUGGAGAAGCUUUGUAGCAGAUGCCUUUGGAUACAAAGAGCUCUUUAAUGCCAUUAAGUUCCACUGGGAUUUUUUUCAAGCUCCUUCCUUACUAUAUAUUUUUCUCUCUUUUCAAGGGGCAGAGUUGGGCAGUCCCUCAUCCUACUGAUCCCCUUUUCAACAGAUUUGUGUGGCAUUUCCCCUUUAUUCUGCAAACCUGGGGUGCCAGAAGAGCUGUGGGUCUCCUGUUAGUGCCUGGAUUUAAAGUCUUUUAUCGCCAUCCAAUCAUGGCAAGGAGACGGUGUUACUGAACAGAAUUCCAUCCAUCCCUUGUAACGUGUGCACCCUGUUGGUUUGAACUGGAAUAGAAAUCCCAGCAUUUUAGGACUUGGGAGAGCUAAUGGCCUCUGCCAUGGGAGCCAGACACUUGGUGGCUACUGUGGUGCUUAUGUGCAUAUUGCUUCAUGAGGCAUCUGCUCAAAACCUCAUCAAGAACCCCAAGAACCAGAAGACAGAGCACUCGCUCCUGAUAAAUGAGAUCAAUGCGGACAACCCGGGGGAAGAUACCUCUGAGUUUGUGGAGCUCUAUCACACCAGCGGCCGAGAGGCCCCCUUGGAUGACUACUACCUGGUCUUUUACAAUGGCAACGGCAACCAGGCCUACAAAGUCCUGAACCUUCAGGGCAAAGUCACCGAUAAUCAAGGGUUCUUUCUUGUUGGGUCUUCCACGGUGAAACCCCAGCCCUCCGUGAUCUUGCCUAAGAACACUAUCCAGAAUGGGCCUGAUGCCAUUGCCCUGUAUUAUGGGAAGAGGAACUACCAGGAGGGCAUGAGGGUCACCAGCGACGGGCUGGUGGAUGCCUUGGUCCAUAAGUCUAGGAAGAGUGACAGAGCGGACAUGUUGCUCAAUGUGCUGACCCCCAACAGGGAUGCUUUCCUGGAGGAUCCCUCCUUCAGGACCACAGACGAGUCGAUAGAAAGGUGCCACGGGGAGGGUUCUCAGUGGAUCUUUCAAGUGGCCAUGCCCACCCCAGGCAAGGAUAAUCACUGCAUCCCCUCUUCCCAGCUGAAUGCUUCUGCCGUGCUAAUCAGUGAGGUUCACGCUGUGACCUCUCCUGGGGAGUCUGAAUUCAUUGAGCUUCAGGGACCUCCUUCCACUGUCCUGAGGGACUUGGUUCUGGUGCUGAUCGAAGGACAGACCAAAAGGGUUUAUUUCUUCAUGGAUGUUUAUGGCAAAACCUCUCCUGAGGGGCUAUUUCUCAUUGGUCCUGCACAAGCCAGAACCCCAGUUGACCUGCCAUUCCCACCAAACUCCAGCAGCCCUCUCCUCAGCACUGGUCCCCAAGCCAUCGCCCUGUACGUUGGAAACAGCAGCAGUUUCACACUGGGGAAAGCAGCAUGUGCUACCAACCUGUUGGAUGCUUUAGUGUACACGAGCAAUGGGAGUGCAGACCCAGAGCUCCUGGAGAUCCUGACCCCUGGGAGACAUGCCUAUGAGAAUAACAGCCACCAGCCAGGUAACAUGUCCAUGAGUCGGUGCAGCUGCUGCUCCGUGACCCGGGACCCCUCCAUCUAUGCCCUCAGCAGCCCCACGCCCGGACAGUUCAAUGACUGCCCCAGCAGCCGCUUCAGCCAGCCCAUCUCCCUCUGCCUCCAUAUAGCAGAUUGCCAGCUGUGGCUCCUUGGGUCAUAUGAGAUACAGACGGCUCUAGCCCAGGCCCUUGACAAGCUGUGCAAUUGUGGAAUGUCUGUUGCAUACUUUAAAGAUCCUGUCACAACAUGCCGGGGCACAGAGCUUGUAUUCACCAUACUCCUGACUGCCAAGUCAGCUGAGCAGCUGAGCAGCCUGGUACAAGCCUUCACCAGCUUCCUGGAGAGUCCCAGGGCAGCAAAUUUCAGCAGCUGGAAUGCCACAGUGGAAAAGGCCUGUUCCAAAGAUGCUAAUGUCACGGCAUCUCCUCCAGGUGCCUCAUCAGAAGGGACCAGUGAACCACCUUCCCAUGCAGCCGAGCUGCUCAUCAACGAGGUGAAUCCGGACAAUCCGGGAGGUCAGGAGGAUAUGGAGUACAUCGAGCUGCUCUACACUGGGCAGACACGUUUUGACCUCCGUGGUUAUUGGCUGGUCCUUUAUAACGGCAAAAACAACCAGGCCUACAGGGUGGUGAACCUGAUGGGCUACUGUACUAACGAGCAGGGCUACUUCCUGGUGGGGAGUGCGUGGGUGACCCCAAGUCCUGUGAUUGUUCUGCCUCCGAACACCAUUCAGAACGGGGGGGAUGCUGUGGCCCUCUACCACAGUACCACGUUCACCUACAGCAUGGGCAUGGCUGUGACAGAGGCAGGGCUGGUGGAUGCAGUGGUCUACAAGUCCCGGGCAUCUGACAGGGCAGAUAAGCUGCUCAAAGUACUGACCCCAGGGCAGAAUAUCCUGUAUGAAGAUGACUCCCACAGCAGCCGGGAUGAAUCUCUGAGCCGGUGUAACAGCCAGAGCCCCAGAGUCCACAGCAGCUUCCAGGUGACUACGAUAACACCAUUCGGGGAGAAUGCCUGCACCAACUCCUCAGCACCAUCUCCCACCGUCCCCUCCCUCCUAAUCAACGAGCUGAGCCUGGCCAACAGCACCGCCCCCUACCAGUUCAUUGAGCUGAAGGGCAAACCUGGAGCCACCCUGGGAGGAUAUACCCUGGUGUUCUUCUCUGGGCAGGAUGGCAAAGCAUAUGCCAGCAUCCCACUACAGGGCACGUUCGGGGCCACGGGCUUGUUUGUGAUUGCACCAUCAGGACCGCCCAGGCCUGAUCAGCAAUUGCCGUUUGUCAAGAAUGCCCCAUCUGUUAGACGUGGCUCCAGCGCUGUGGCAGUGUACAACAGCCGUCAAGCAAGAAUUCCUGUUGACAUGAUGGUGACUCUAGAGAACCUGGUGGAUGCUCUGGUGUACACAUGGGAAUCUAGCACAGGCAGAGGACAGCUGAACCACCUCGGUCCAUCGCACUUUGUGCCCUGUGCAGAGGAGAGAAUACAAAAACUUGAUGAGAAUGAAGUCUUACAUCUACUGAUUCAAAGCAGAAUGAAGUCAUAA